AUGGCUGACGAAGAAAUAAAUGGAGACACUGACGACAUUCAGCAUGACAAAGAUAAAACUCAGAAAAAAACUGCCAAGCACGACAGUGGUGUAGCAGACUUAGAAAAAGUAACUGACUAUGCUGAAGAAAAGGAAAUUUCCUCUCAAGACAUAUCUGGCGCACUCUCACUUAUCGGUGACAGAAGAAACAAGGAGACUGCUGAGCGAUUGGAAAAAGAAAAAGAACUGCAAAAAGUAUCAGUCAAAAAAGAUGAUAUAGAAUUGAUUGUAAAAGAGAUGGAAAUCUCAAGACCAUUAGCAGAAAGAACGCUUCGUGAACAUAGAGGAGACGUGGUUGCGGCCCUUACUACACUCACUAAC